AUGGAUCAAGACCUUCUAAUUCAACUGGGUGAACGAGCGUGUAAGAACGCUGAAAAUCUGACACUUCCACCGGAACUCAAUGGCAUUUUCUUCUGUGCGCCCAGCUCCAAAGAAGGAUUAGCCACCCAAGUGUUCGUCGCAAUUGCCUUUGUCCUUCUCAUGGCCACUGCGAUAAUCGGAAAUUCGGUUGUGAUGUGGAUCAUUUAUAAGCACAAAGUAAUGCAUUAUGGCUUCAACUAUUUCCUUUUCAACAUGGCUUUCGCUGAUCUCCUAAUUGCUCUUUUCAACGUCGGAACUUCCUGGACAUACAACUUGUACUAUGAUUGGUGGUAUGGAGAUCUUUGCACUCUGACAUCAUUCUUUGGAAUUGCUCCAACAACGGUCUCGGUUUGUUCAAUGAUGGCUCUCAGUUGGGAUAGAUGUCAAGCAGUUGUGAAUCCUCUCCAAAAACGUCCACUCUCUCGAAAAAGAUCAGUCAUUGCUAUCCUUGUCAUUUGGGUUGUUUCAACGGUCACUGCACUUCCUUUUGCUAUUGCUGCAUCUGUCAACUCAUUUUAUACGUAUGAUGUCGUCACUUCCACUGUUUCGAAGACACAUGUUUGCUCGGCACCUGUCAACACUUUCUUUGAAAAAGUGUUGUUUGGCAUUCAAUACGCACUACCAAUUAUAAUACUGGGAUCGACAUUCACGAGAAUCGCAGUCGCAUUUCGGGCAACAAAUGAAGCGACGGAUAGUAGUUUGAAAAAUAAUCAUACAAGAGCAAAGAGCAAAGCUGUCAAAAUGCUAUUCCUGAUGGUGGUUGCAUUUGUCGUCUGCUGGCUUCCAUAUCACAUUUAUCACGCGUUCGCUCUCGAAGAAUUCUUCGAUGCCGCCCAUGGAAAAUAUGCGUAUUUGUUGAUAUACUGGAUUGCAAUGUCCAGUUGUGCUUACAACCCAAUUAUCUACUGUUUUGCCAAUGAACGAUUCCGAAUCGGAUUCCGUUACGUAUUCCGAUGGAUUCCAGUUAUCGAUUGCAAGAAAGAGCAAUACGAAUAUUCCCAAUUGUUCCCUGAUAAAAUGCGAAGUAUGGCAAUUUCACUUCAGAAGGGAAGAGUAAAUUCUUCCUGUUUAGAUAAGAAAAUCAAGGAAAACUCUUCUCAAGACUGCGUGAUGCCUGAGAAAAACUCAAAAAAAUACUCGAAAGUUCACCUUCUGAGCUGCCAUGAAAAGUGA